AUGCCCAUUGCAGCAAGCAUGAGUGUCACCGCAUUUGACUCACCCACUGGCGGCCGAGGAGGUCUCAACGACUCAGCAGGAAAUAGAGAUGCUAUGACCGAUAACCAACAAGUGGACGGCGUGGGCGGCAAUGGGUGGGAUUCGACUGUUGGAAAAGCAGGCUUGGGAAAGACAGGACGCGUGAUUAAUCGUCUCGUGUCCGACAACGAAGCCUUAAAACGGGAUCUCAAAAUCGAAGCGCUGAAAGCUGAAGAAGCGAAACAGGCAGCACGUCUGCUUGAGGACAAAAUGGAACGCAUCAUCUCAGACUACGAGAGCCAGCUGUUCGAGGCCAGCGUGACCAAGACGUUGCUUGCACGCAAGGAACGGCAAGUCGAAAGCCUACAGGGCGUCGUCCAGCUCGAGAAGAAGCGGACCACCGACGCGCAAGAUCGCGAACGUACUUGGCGCGAGGAGAUGGAAAAAAUCAAAUCCGACUCCAAGCGGCAAGUUGAAGAGGCAACCGGACAUGCUGCGCUGAUGGAGGGCCGCUACAAUGCCAUCAGCAGCCACUGGCGCGACCAAGGCGAAACUGUCAAAAGGGCCGCUGCUCGCAUGGGCAAGGACGUCAAGGAGUUGUCUGAGGCGCGGCGGCAAGACGACGAAAAGAUCAACAUGCUCCGCGACCUCUGCGACCAACAGGACAGCAACAUCAAGCUUCUUAUACAGCAAAAGGAAGACAUUGCCCGCAAGUUUGCUGAAUACAAGAAAGAGCAAGAAAAUUUGCUGCACGACAUCAAGACGAAUGCUGCAAGGCGAGAGGCCGAGCAGGAGGGUACUCUGGAAGAAGCCCGCCAAGUCCUCGACAAGCUGAAGUGGUCACUCAACAUAAAAAAUACCAUCGACUGGGCUUCCUAA